AGAAAUUACAAAAUGACCAACAAAAAUUUCCUCUCUCACAUGGUCACAUCUCACAUUUCACCACUCGAUCUCUCUCUCUCCAAGACGCCCUGUUCCAAAUUUCCAUUCCUCUCCCAAGCACUCCAAACUUCUCCAAUUUCACUGACACACACACCCCUCUAUGGUGGAGGGUUCAAUUACUCCUUUCUGUUUGAUCAAUUUCUUUAUUUUCUUGUUCAAAUUCAAAGAUCCACCAGCAUCGAGGCAAGCUCUUAAAGCCAGAGACACGGAAAUCAUCUUCAAGGCUCAAGAUGAGUUUGGUGAGGCCUACACAAACACAAAGCUACUAAGGUAGAAGAUAGCUGAUGGAGAAUGAAGCAUCAAUGGGAGACGAGCUUCUGAAUUCAAUAAGGAUAAAGAUCAUCCGCAACAGUGAAAAGACAGAUGCUCUUGAGCAAUUCGGGUGGUCAGAGCCACGGUACCCCGUCAUGCACAGAGUCCCGGAUGUUUUUCGUAGGCAAAACGAAGGUGUCUAUGAAGAUGUCUACAACCCUAUUACCAUAUCAUUAGGGCCUAUUCAUAAUGGGAAGAAAUAUCUGCAAGCAACUGAGUCCAUCAAAGUGAGCUACAUGCAUCUCCUAUUUGAUCGUACUCCAUCAUUUCGGCAAACGCAGGAAGAUUGUGUGACAGCUAUGACAGUGAUGGAACACGAUAUCCGGAAAUGCUUUCGAGAAGUUGAACUAGAUGACAGUGUCAGGCUUGCAGAAAUAAUUCUUAUUGAUUGUUGCUUCUUAAUUGAACUUCUAUACAGGAAUUACCGAAAGGAACAAGAUCCCAUUUUGUGGAACCCAUUCAACUGCUAUGCCGUCCACCGCGACCUGCUACUACUCGAGAACCAGAUUCCCUUCUUUGUUCUUGAGAAAUUGUUCCACCUGACGGUGGAACGCAUCCCAGAAAAAAUGCACCAGCUGUCCGUUCCUACUCUUAUUGAAUGUGUCCGUUCAUUCUUCGGAGGUAUGAUGGGCCCAGACAAUGGUAAAACAGAAUACUGGUAUAGCAGAUCUCCUCAUCAUAUACUCCAUCUUCUAUACUUCUGCUUCCUGCCUCGUAUUAGUGAAGAAGAAUGGGAGAAAUGGGAGCACAGUAUAAAAAACAAGGUAGCUGAAUUCAAAUUUUCUGCUAAACAACUUGACAUUGUAGGAGUCAAGUUGAAGCAAAGUGUAAAUUCUAAACACCGAUUCGACUUAAAGUUUAGUAUUAGUCGUCGUUUUUGUUUGUGGAAAAGAGGUCAGCUUGAAAUCCCACCUUUCUACAUUGACGAAUCCACGGAGCCAUUCUUGAGAAACCUAAUUGCUUUUGAGCAAUGUAGCCCUCACUUACCAAAUAUAAUCACAUCAUAUACUUCCCUCAUGUGUAUCCUCGUCAACACCAAUGAUGAUGUUGAAUUGCUUGAAGAAGCCGGAAUCAUAAAUAACACUUUGGGUUCCACAAAAGCGGUACUGCAUAUCUUCAAAGAUAUGCGGAAGAACGCUGUACCACGUAAUUUUGUUUACAAUCAGACAUGGACUGAGGUGAAGGAGUUCUGCACACCUAGCCGAGUACGUUCCGGAAAGUUGAUGCAUAUUUAUUUUGGCAAAAUAUGGGUACGUGUAUCAUUAGUUAGCGGCAUUGUCCUUUUUCUCCUCACAUUUUUGCAGACCUUCUACUCCAUGUUUCCUUAUCAUCAUAAUCCUAAUCAAUAGUUAUCUGCUGAAAGUAUGCAAUUAUUAGGAUGCAGUAUGUUGUCCUAUUUGUUGCAGUAGAAAUAGGGUAUUUUUAUGGCUUGGUUCAAGUCUGUUUCCUAUGGGUUACUUUAUUUUUUAUUUCUUGUAUUUUAGGCUGUCAUUUUUGGCUGAGCUUUCUGGUUUUUGUUUUCAUGGUGGACUUGGGGUUUCCAUGUUCCUUUGUAUUUGGCUCUGCCAUUGUUGAUUGAAUAAAUUCUUCUGAAUGCUUACCCCUUUGUUUUUA